GCGGGAGGACCGAAGAGCUGCCUAUCCGACCACCACCACUCGCUUGUCACUUGGCCACUGACCAGUAGUCCCGCUCCACAGUCCACACACGCACAGAGAGAUGGGCAACGCCGGGUGGAGGCGCUCCAAGAACGACGUCGUCACCGAGGCGGCGGCUCUCGCGGCGUCGAGGCGCGCGGUCGUCAUCACGGCGCGCAAGCAGCGGCGGGACGACGUUGAGAAGGAGGAGGAGGAGGAGGAACAAAGGACGCGUGCGGGGCGACGUCGUGCUCGUGCAGGAGGCGUCCCGCCGGCGGGCGACGCUGCCCCGGGCGCCGCCGGCUCGGUGGUGACGGUGAAGGUCGUGAUGAGGAGGAAGGACGCGGAGGCGCUGGCGGCGAGGCUGAAGGCGCAGGGAGCGCGGGCGCGCAAGGCCAGGAUGGCGGAGCUCAAGGGCGCGCUCCGGGCCGGCGGCAGCGCGCGCCCGGCGCCGUGCCGACACGUGUGCUGGAGCCCGCAGCUCGCGCCGAUAAACGAGAAGUAGCUUUAGUGCACACAGGUGGUGUGACACGACUAGUUUGAGUGCUCGAGCCUGGAGAUUGCUUUGGAAGUUUGCUCGCUCGUGUCCUAGCCUAGACUCCUAGUUGCCGUUUCAGUUGAGGAGUGAGUGUGUGCAAGUGUGGUUUGUCACCCGUCCGUGUGUCUGUACAUGUAGUGGAAAGAGGUGGCCACUAGUUUGUCAGAUCACCGUAUAUGUUGUCUACCUUCAGUAUGUUCUUCUCA